AUGAUCGCGCGAAAUCCGAAUGCCCGCGAAAAAUUCGAUAUAUUUGUACGGGAGUUCGGGCGUCGAGUUCGAAGCGUCGCCAGAUGAUCGAGGUGGUAGAGGACGAAGCUGUCUUCCUCUCGCUGGUGGAAGCGGCAGAGGCCGCGGUGACCCGAGGAAGCGCUAAGCGCCAGAAGGUCUCCUCCUCCUCCUCCUCUGCUUCUGCUUCUGCUAUCCCAGCCGCCAGCAACCCCGCCGUCGAGGAGGGUUCCUAUAUGGCUGCGCUCAGAGGCAGUCACAGCUCCCUCUGGCAGCAGCAGCAGUCGAAGCUCGGCCGAAAGAAGGACAACAGCAACAGUGGUAUCCGAACCGGUAACAGUCCCUCGCCCAUGUCGUCUUCGACCGGUGGCGGCGCCUGCUUCAAGUGCGGUGUGGAGGGGCACUGGGCGAGGGACUGCGACGCCCCGCGAGGAAGGGAGUGGGGAGGAGGGUUGGCUUCCGUUGGCGCUUCCUCUGGCAGAGAGGAGGGGGAGGUCCCAGAGAAGGCUUGCCCUUGUGGUUCGGGAAGUUGUCUUGUUCGCAUUUCCAAUACUGCCAAGAAUCCGGGGCGGAAGUUCUAUACCUGCCCUCUUAAAGUGGAUAAUGGGGGAUGCAACUUCUUUGAAUGGUGUGAUAACCCGAUAUCGAGCCAUCCUUCUCAAAAUCCCAUGAAUCGUCAAUCUAGCUUGUCAGUUCCAGAUCUUCAAUGUCCAUGUGGUGCUGGAUCUUGCUUGGUGUUGGUUUCAAGAACUGGAAAGAAUGGAGGUCAGCAGUAUUACAGCUGUCCGCUGGAUGAGGGGAGUAGAAGUUGUGGCUUUUUCAAAUGGUGCAAUGACCAGGGUGCUACCACCAUUGAACAUGCAUUUGCUUCUAAGUAUCAUGGCGCACAUGAAAACGCAGGCAGCAAGCUGUCUUCAUCUUGUUUUAAAUGUGGGCAAGAAGGGCAUUGGUCCAGGGAUUGUCCCAAGCAAUUAUUGAGUAGCUCUGUGGACAUGGGAGGAAAACAUCUUGGUUCCACAGCCUCUAAUACAUGUUUCAAGUGUGGUAAGUCCGGUCACUGGGCUCGAGAAUGCCCUGCUAAUAAUGAUCUUGGUGUCUUUUCUGUCACCCCCAAAGGGACAAAAGCUUGUAAGACGUACAGUGCUUAUAACUCUAAACGGUAUGGAUAAUGAAGUCGGUUGUUAGUUGUUAUUGUAAAGCACACUCAUGAUGCGAAGAUGCCAGUUACCUAGCCUUUUACAUUUAGAUCCUUAUGCCGUAUGGUCUCUUUAUUUCUCUA